CGUAGAACUACAAAAAACGAUGUAUUCUAAUGUCACAUCCCUUCGGGGACAUCCCAUAAAUAUACUCCCUUCCGUAUCACAGUUUCGUUGAAGCAGAGAAAUGCGGCGACGGCAGAUUGGGAAGGCAAUUCCUGUGUUAUUGAUAACAUGCCUUCUGGCAUCGUCUGUGGUCGCUCCUUUAUCCGGCGGAGGAGGAUUUCGUGGCGGCGGCAGUAGCGGUGGUAUAAGCAUCGGAGGGGGAGGGUCACGUGGUGGAGGCAGUAGCGGAGGUGGAUCGCUGGGUGGAGGGAGUAGCCGUGGUGCAAGAAGUGGUGGCGAUACGAACAAAGGCAUCGGAGGAGGCAGAGCGAGCGGCUACGGCGGCGGAGCCAUUCUGGCACAGCCAUAUCACAGAUCCCAUGGGAAUCGUCCGAGUAACAAUCCAUACACCGUGUUUGGAUGGGCACAAGUGGUUCUGGCUUUUUUGACAUUCAAUUUGAUUAUUCAAUUUCACAUUUGAAUGCUAUCCACAUGUGAUUGAUAGUAGUAUUUGAUUAUCUUCAAUUCCCAGUCUACUUAGGUAAUUAAUAAGUAUUUGUCUUGUACAUUUGAAGAGUGGUAAAUUUCUUUGAAGAAAAGGGCCAGGGGGAUAAAGGGUUAGCUACAAAUUUCUUUCUUAUACAAGAGCAUCAAAGUAAUUCACCCGUUAUUAAUCUAUUGUUAGUAGUGUUCUAAAUGAA